AUGGAGGGGAGCAGCCAGCUGUUGGAGACCUGCCUUCCUGCUAGCCUCUACGCGCUCAGUCCAUGCGCCCCUCCGCAUCCUCUUCUUGCCCCGCUGCCGAACAUGCACAAGCUUCUGCAGAUGCCGUUGGUCCAGGAGCAGGCUGCGAAUAAUCAUGGCGUGAUGCUCUCUUCGGACCACCACGUCGGCGGCGGCCUCCUGUACCCGCUGCUUCUUCCCGGCAUCCCGUUCUGCCCCUCCGCCGACGCCGCCACCUGCGAGAAGACCACCACCACCAGCUUCGCGGCGCUCGAUGCCGGCGAGUUUUCGCAGGCGGGCCGCACCUCGGCGGCGAAAGCCGCCGUCGAGAUCGCUAGUACCACCACCACCACAUGCAACGGCCCAAGUUCCUGCAAUUGGUGGAAGGGCCCAGCGGCGGCGGGGGAGAAAGGACGGAUGAAGGUGAGGAGGAAGAUGAGGGAACCCAGGUUCUGCUUCCAGACCAGGAGCGACGUGGAUGUGCUGGACGACGGUUACAAGUGGAGGAAGUACGGCCAGAAGGUUGUCAAGAACAGCCUCCAUCCAAGGAGCUACUACCGGUGCACCCACAGCAACUGCCGCGUGAAGAAGCGAGUGGAGAGGCUGUCGGAGGACUGCCGCAUGGUGAUCACCACCUACGAGGGCCGCCACACGCACUCCCCCUGCAGCGACGACGCCGACGCCGGCGGCGGCGACCACACUGGCAGCUGCGCUUUCACGUCGCUCUAG